CGGCGGAGAUAGGGGCGCGGCCGGCGGGUCACGUGACGAAUCAGCACGUCGGCAGGCGGAGCUGCGUGAGUACUUAGGGGUGCACCGGAUCGGUCAGGAGUGGUUCGGUUCAGCUCGGCAGCGGUGCUGCGCUUGGUGGGUGCAGGGUCUGGCUCCCAGAAUGUGGUGGUCCUUGGUCCAUCUCUCGUGCCUGCUGGCACUGGCCAGUGCCCACAGCAAGCCUUCCUUCCACCCACUGUCGGAUGACCUGAUUAACUACAUCAACAAACAGAAUUCAACGUGGCGGGCUGGACGCAACUUCUACAAUGUUGACAUGAGCUACGUGAAGAGACUGUGUGGUACCAAACUCGGUGGACCCAAGCUGCCAGAAAAGGUUGGGUUUGCUGAGGACAUAGAUCUGCCUGAAGAGUUUGAUGCACGGGAACAGUGGUCCAAAUGCCCGACCAUCAAAGAGAUUAGAGACCAGGGGUCCUGCGGCUCUUGUUGGGCAUUUGGGGCAGCAGAAGCCAUGUCUGACCGCAUCUGCAUCCACACCAAAGGCCAAGUCAACGUGGAAGUGUCUGCUCAGGACCUGCUCACCUGCUGUGGUAUGCAGUGUGGGGAUGGCUGUAAUGGUGGCUAUCCCUCGGCAGCAUGGAGCUUCUGGGUAAGCAAAGGCCUGGUUUCUGGUGGACUCUACAAUUCUCACAUAGGCUGCUUACCUUACACCAUCCCCCCGUGUGAGCACCAUGUCAAUGGCUCCCGGCCCCAGUGCACUGGAGAGGGAGAGACUCCUAAGUGCGUCAAGAGCUGUGAGGACGGCUAUUCCCCAUCCUACAAAGAAGAUAAGCAUUACGGGUAUACCUCCUACAGCGUGUCUAACAACGAGAAGAAGAUCAUGAAGGAAAUCUACGAAAAUGGCCCAGUGGAGGGUGCCCUUACUGUGUAUGGAGACUUCUUGACUUACAAAUCAGGAGUAUACAAGCAUGAGGCCGGUGACAUGUUGGGUGGCCAUGCCAUCCGCAUCCUGGGCUGGGGAGUAGAGAAUGGAGUCCCUUACUGGCUGGCUGCCAACUCUUGGAACCUUGACUGGGGUGAUAAUGGGCUCUUUAAAAUCCUCAGAGGAGAGGACCACUGUGGAAUCGAAUCAGAAAUUGUGGCUGGAAUCCCACGCACUGACAUGUACUGGGGAAGGUUCUAAUCUGCUGUGACCUGGUUGGCCAGUCCUUAGGGACUUUUCCUCUACCUUUAGCCACCCAUGCUGGAAGUGAGUGAUGCAGACAAGAGAGUAUUUUAUUCUUUGAGUUCA